AUGAGCAUGUCGGUGCUAAGGAGCCGGGGAAAGAAGGGGUUGCCACUUCUGCAACCGAUCACCAGUUGCAUUGUCUGUAGCCGAGGAAUCCCCAGUCGCUGCAUAUCUGAGACAUUUUUUGUACGAGAUGGCUACGCAAGCAGUGCAGACGGCGGCUAUGGCGAGUACUUCAACUGGAUUAUGGUCACCCCUGACCAUAAUACGGCAGACACGUACUACCGCAUCCUCCAACAGGUGAAAUCCAUCACUCAAUCUGAUGCCAACGGUACACCAGGCGCAAAAGUUGACAUCACCUCCGGCUAA